AUGCAGCACCCCUCAGACGCAGCGGAGGUCGCCCUGACCUCCAUCGUGGACAUCGCGUCGCAGCAGCAGCUGGCCAUCGGCAAGCGGGAGGCACGGGAGCAGGCCGCCGCGCUCGCCACGGCGAGCGAGGAGAUCCGCAGGUGGAAGGCGGUCGCUGACGAGGCGCUGGCCGCCAAGGCGCGGCUGCUGGAGCGGUCGAGGGAGCUGGAGGUGCAGCGGGACGAGUCGAUGUCCAUCAACCGGGAGCUUCUGGCCGGCUACAAGCGGGUGGCCGGCGAGCUGCAGGAAGCUUCCGGGAAGGUGCGCGGCUACGAGGAGCAGCUGGUGGCGCUGAGGCAGCAGCUGCUCGAUCUGAGGAGCGCGCUGACCAGCCCGGAGGCGGUCGGGGACGGCGGCAGCGGCAACGGCGCCGGCCCCGGCGGGGACGGCAACGGCAAGCCCUGGUGGAAUGUGCUAGGUGGCACCGGCGGCGGCGCCGCUGGUGGCAGUGGGCGCAAGGAGGGCGGAGGAGGGGAGGCUUCUGGCGCGGCCGGGGCCGCCCAGGCGGUGCUGCAGCUGCUGCAGAUCAGCGGGCAGCUGGCGCGCGAGGCGGAGAGGGACGACGAGAGGAGGGCCUUUUUCAACGCCCGCACGCAAACCCCCGCCUUUCCCCCACUCGGCACCAACGGCCGCGGGGCGGGCGGCGGCGGCGGCGGCGACGGGGAGAGCGACGGCAGCGGCGGCGGCGGCGGCGGCGCUGCGGGGCCCGGCGAGGGUCGUGCGGCGGUGGGCGGCGGCGGUCUCUCCCCGGAGGACGCCUGA